UGCAACAUGUCUUCCACGCAUAAUGAACAACCAGCAGCUCGUACAGCAGCACUAUGACAUCGCACUCAAGUUCAUGCAGGCGGCCAAUUAUCUGGACGCAUGGAAAAACUUUGACAAGGCGAUCAACUUUGGAGGAAAGAACCCCGUGUUGCUUGACUGCAAAGCGGCGGCCAUGUCAAAGCUUCCAGAAUGGAGAAACCAUGCGUUGGAAGUCACCAAAGACAUGAUUGCAAAAUGGCCAAAAGACUUUAGAGGGUACUAUCGCCAAGCCUCUGUUCUCUAUGCUAUGAAAGCUUACGAUCAUGCUUUCAAGGUUAUCAGCAAGGCCGUGGAUAUAGGUCCUACUCGCUCCCAGGACGAGCGGAAGUACAAGGCAAUCCAGCAGCUUCGCGCAACGAUCAUCAUCCAAAAGACCGAGGCGGACCGUUUACGCGCCGCGAACGAUGAAACCGAGGCGCAGAGGCAAGCCAUCGCGCGUCAAGCGGCCAAAAAGGCGAGGAUCAACUACACGCAUCUCCUCUCAAGAGACAUCCUCUUAAUCAUCGCUGAGCAGGGCAUGGCGGAUCACCCUGGAUUCAUCUUUAGGAUGGCCGGUGUAUGCAAGUCGUGGAGGGAGACGUUGCUCAGCCAGCCAAGCUUGUGGGAUACCAUUGUUCUAGGCAGGAAACGGAAGGAUCAAAAGGUUACUCUGUUCAUUGAACGAUCACGUGGCAGGAUCAAAGAGGUCAAGAUCGCCUGUCACCUUGAUCAGUUCCUUGCGGGAAAAAUCGGGCUGUCCUUGGCGCCAUACAUGCCCAAUGUGGAGCGCCUAACUGUCCAUGCGCCAUAUAGAAUCAAUUUAAACCUCUUGACUCAGUGGAGGGGUCUUCUACGUAAUGUAGAAUAUCUCUCCCUUUCCCAUGAUGAUGGCGGAGCCACUCUCAGAAAGAACUUUACCCAUGAUUUAUUACCACCAGGACCGUCACGACUUCGCCAUCUCGCUAUCGCCAACUUCCAGACUGGGCCCGAAAGCGAUUCCACAUACACCCCUUUAAAGCAAGUUGAAACUGUCUCUAUACGCUCAACAGACCUCUUUCUCCCCCUAGACUCCGCCGAAGAAACAUUGCUCUCCACCUUCCCAGCUGCCACGAGUAUAGAGCUGAUCAACAAUCGCUACUUUGAUUCCUCGCGUGGAGCACUUCCAAUCGUCGCAGAACUGCCCAAUCUCCGCUCUUACACAAACAACAAAGCUUCUUCAAACGUGUUCAAGACGAUCAGAGUGCCGUCUCUGCAAGACUUGUCUGUUGAUUCACUCCGUGCUUCCUCACUCAAAACAUGGCUUUCAGCCCCAGGCCUAGCCACUUGUCUCACUACCUUACGAUCGCUCAGCAUUUCCUGCACUUCAUUCACCGAUACAGACGUUCUCUCGGCUUUAGCUUUUCUUCCAGGUCUCCAAUUCCUCAACGUGUCUGCCUGUCCUCUUACCAACACCUUUCUUGAAGGCCUUGUUCGCAGGCCGGCAGAUUCGGAUCAAGAAAACCUCUGUCCAAAGCUGACAGCUCUCUCCAUCUCGAUAAAUGAUAACAUCACGGGCGGGCCCUUGACCCGCUUUGUGAGGAGCAGAGUAGCAAGCAGUGCUGGACUGGCAUCUUCAUCGUCUGAUUUGGACUUGAAUACACAAGCACAAGGCAAAAGUACCCAAACAGAAUUAAAGAAAAACAUGAGCUCGUCCUUCAGGCCAAGUGCGAGGUCUGCUUUUGGCCGGCCCACAAAACCUCCGUCUGUCCGUACAGACUCUGAUCAAUCCAUCUCUUCUACUCUUCCGCAAAGCCAGACUUGCGCUCCAUCCCAACCAUCAUCGUCAUCUUCAUCCACGCUGCCCGAAAUUACAUGGCUCAAUCUCUUCCACUGCGGAGGUAUCGAUCCCUCUGCAAUCUCUUAUAUCCGCCAAUACGUGAAAUUUGUAGGGCACUCGCUUGCAGCGCAUGGUGGUGACCGGAACGAGGGUAAAGGAAGGUGGAAAUGGAAUGUCGAAUGGAAGGAUGUGGUGGAGGGGAGGGCGGGUCUGGAUUGAGAAGAGUUGCGGGUACGAAGGACCAGUGGUAUGUCUACCACACUUGUGAACCUGAUGUGAUCGAGGAUAAAAAAGGUUGGACGAGAAAGAUAUGGUGGGAACUAGGAUGUUUGGAUCCCCAGUUUCCCCAUGAUUGUGGUUAGUCUCGCUAUUAUCGCGCUUUUCUUCUACUAUAAAGGUAUAAUUUGUUGUUAUGUUUUCGCGUAUUU